AUGUUUCUUAAAGUGGCCGUGGUGGUGCUGAUUCUCUCGGUACUGGAGCAAGUGGUUGGCUCGGAUAAUAUCGACAUUUACGACACCCCGCCGGAGAAGCUCGUCAUCCCCAAAGGACGUCUCUCCCUGCAGAAUACAGCUGAGAUCCAACACUGUCUUGUGAGCGCGGGCGAUGUCGGCUGUGGCGUGUUCGAGUGCUUUGAGAACAACUCCUGCGAGAUACGAGGGCUGCAGGAGAUCUGCAUGACGUUCCUGCAUAAUGCUGGCAAAUUUGACUCUCAGGGGAAAUCUUUCAUCAAGGAUGCUCUGAAGUGUAUGGCCCAUGGGCUUCGACACAAGUUUAGCUGUAUCAGUAGAAAGUGUGUUUCCAUUAAGGAGAUGGUGUUCCAACUCCAGAGAGAGUGUUAUAUAAAACACAAUCUGUGCUCAGCUGCUAAAGAAAAUGUUGCCGUCAUGGUGGAAAUGAUCCAUUUCCAAGAUCUCUUCCCUAAAGGUCCUUAUGUGGAGUUGGUGAAUAUUCUGCUGGGUUGUGGAGAAGAGGUGAAGGAAGCAUUAACUCGUAGUGUCCGGCUUCAGUGCGAGCAGAACUGGGGAGCUUUGUGUGACAGCCUCAGCCUCUGUUCUUCCUUGACGCCUUCGCCCUCAGCUGCCGAACAACGCCGCCCGUCUCCAUCUCACCCUCAGCCGGAGCACCCCCGCCACCCACGCCAUGGUGAUAGAGACAAACCCGGUAAGGCUGGGUUCCACGCUCAUCAUCGCGGUCGCAAUCAGGGACUGCGUCGCCAAAGUCCAGAUGCUGGAGCAGCAGUGGAGCAGGAAGACCCCGAGGCCACUGACAUUAGGAGGUGA